GGUUUCAAGAGGUUUGAUAAACGUGAAAAUGCACUCCCAACGAUGCCCAGUGGCAAAGCUUCGAGCAGCAAGCCAGCAGAGACCAGAAGUCUCCAGUCAGGUCAACAAACACAAAACCACCAAGAUCAGUCUUCUGCCUUCGGUGUUCAAGCGAGUCACAGGGAGGAAAAAGGAAAGGUUGCGCAGAGGUACACGAAGUCAGUCUGCCAGGGACCAAGAGAGGACUUCGUUCUCCCAGAGGCUGUACGGAGAUGCAGCCCCCCGCCUCCCUCCUCGACCUCAGAUGUACAGUGACGACUCCUGGCGGCCCAGUCACCUCAUCUCGGUGUCUCCGGUCACUCACCAAGUGUACUACAACGAAGCUGCCCACAAGAUGUUUAAGAAAAGGUCUGGGGACGACGCUCUUAUUUACAAUGAGAACUGCGCCGUUCACGGCCGCAAUAGUUCUCGUCUCUUCGGCAUGUCGAAGAGUACGAGUUGUCCAGUUGCGGCCAAACCGCAGCCAAGCCAGAGCGUCAGCGGGGAGCGGCUGAAGAACUGGCGCCGCAACUCCUUCACCUUUACCGCAACAAAAAGGGUGCAAAGUGGCGCGACCGCUGAGGGACACACAGAAACUGUCCAUCGAUCUGUAUCCUUAGGGAACGAUUUACAAAGUUUCCCGUCGACAUCGAACCAGAAAAGUAAACCACGAAAAUCAACUUCGAUGAGCUCAAGCCUUUCUUCUGCCGCCCGUUCGUCGGCUUCUCUUGCUAGAAGCAACACGUCUUCAGACGACGCAGAUAAUCGGCGAUGGCAAUUCCGGCGCGCAUGGUCCUUCUUCUCCGCAGGCUGCGACGAGCGCAGGAAGGGCAAACCGCCGCCUCAGAAGAUCCUGCGGCAGCCAACGCGCCAUGUGUACCGGCGUGGCAUAUCUGGCUUGCCUGUAGAGUGCACGAACAGAAGCCUGGGCGUCGCUUUUUGACAUUUCGUGUGACAAUACUCGAAUAGAAAACUCAAGAGAGAAAGUCCUAGCACGCGGGAAGCGUGUAAAUGCGUUGCUGAUUAAGGGAUUGAAAUACGAACCAAUCACUGUAACUCUCCUGUGAUAUGUGCAAAACCCUAAUUACAAUUUGGCUAAUAUUUUCAACGAGCAACUUUAUCUCGUUGUCCUUGGUAGUCACAUCAUGGUUCAGUUGGUAGUGCGUGUUCCUGGGAAGUCCAAGGAUGUGGGUUCGAUCCCAAUGUAUACUAGUGUUGAAGGGAUAGUAUUAUUACGAUCUCACCUAGCCAAGGCCGAGGCUUUCUGGGCGGUCACCUAUCCAAGUACUAGCCUGAUUCAAUUUUCUUAAACCUGAUUAGUCAAGUGAGACUAGCAUCAUGCAUUGGACCCUUAGGAUGGCCCAGUGAAUGAUAUAUUAAAGUUUUUAAAGUUUGUUAGAGUGUUUUAGA